UGUGUUUCUUAUACACCUGUUUUUAGGGCCCCAAGUGCCCUAUAAGUUGCUCUUUACUCAUUAGGAAGAUAAUACUAGUGAGGCAUAGAUAUUCAUUCCCCUCAAUUCUAUGUGAUUUUGCAGAUUUAAAGAAAAAGUAUUCAUGGGUUGAAUGUGCAAACAAAGCCAGUCCUAUACUGGUUAAAGGCAGGUGUAAAAUGCAGAAUUAUCUUGUGUGUGCGUGUUACAGUAAUAUUUAUACCAGGAUUACUUGUACACUGUACAUCAUUGUUUGCUUCUUUGUCUUUGCCAGAUCCGGUAAGCAAAUAAGGAUCACUGUGGAGCUGGUGGAACAGCAUUUAAUUCUCUGUGCUUGAAGCAUUUACAGUCAGAAGCCACCUACACAGCAGAUCCAAACUGGGAUUCAAAAUAGGCCCUCCUACUAUCUACCUUUCUACCAUGUCCUUGUCACAUCACUAACAGAGACAUGGACCUGGCAUAAAGGGUUGCUUAAGGUGGUACUGAACUCUAGUCCAUUUAAAGCUCAAAGCAGUGCCAUUACAGAAGAGACAGGGUGGGUACACUGUGUAGUAGGUUUCUGAUUAGUAAAACAUCCUAUAUAAGAUUUAACCUCUAUGGGAACACCCCUGCAGUGAUCCCCAGAUCCCAGAAAAGAGCUAGCUGAGGAAUUAUAUUCAAUAUUUUGCCAGAACUUUUUGCCAGAAUUUUUCCUCCCUUAUUUCACAUUAAGCUAGGUCAAUGAAUAAAAUAAAAUCACCAGUAUCUUUUCUUUAUUACAGUAUAAUUUAUUAACACCCUGAAAAGUUAUCAAAAAAGGAUGAAACUUGAUAUGUCACCAAGCAUACAAGUCACUUCAGAAAAUGGAGCUCUGUGCAUCAUCAAUCCCCUCUUUCUACAUGAGCAUGGAGAUACAUGGCUAACCGAUAGCUCUCGAAAAAAGAUAGAGGAAAACAGGAUGAGUGUCCCAUGGUUCUAUGAGCAAAGUGGAAACAGAAGAUCCCUGGAUUGGAGGAGGAUGUCUAUUUAUGGACAAAGGACUGAAAAUUUAAGGCAUACUAAAGAAGAUACAGACGUUUGCAGAAAGCUUAGUAUAGAUAAAGACAAUGAAGAAGCAAUGCAGAAGAGAAACAGCACAACAGGGAUUUGUGCAGCUGAAGAUGAAUCAGACACAGAGGCAACAAACAAAGAUACAUUCUGGAAAUCAGAAAUGAUGAUCCACCAGAAAAACGAUUCAGUAGAAAAAGCAAAGGAAUUAAUAGAAGGUUCCCAGGUUGAGAAUGUCCCUCAAGAUCAUAUAGGAAGUGAAAGGAGAAAUAUUCUGAGACGACACAGAGUCUCUUGGAUUGAAGUGGAACACUCAACAGAAUGUAUAUUAAAGAAAUGUAGUUCAGAAACUUCACUUAGCUCCUCAGACAGCUUUCUUCUUCCUCCACCCCCUGAGCUAGACUCUGUAUCUAUCAGUAGUAUUGAAGAAGAUGUGGAUUGUCAACCUUUAAGCAGAGGGAAAAAACAAGCUCACGGUCUUGGGGACAUGGUGAGACACAGCCUCCUAGCUGUCAGUACCAUAUUAUCAGGUCUUGUCUCUCCAGAAAAACAUCUUACCAAUAGAAUUCAACAACUUGCAGAAGAUCCAUCCUGUUAUCUUGGUAGUAUGGUACAAAGAUUUCAUUGUCACAUGUUCAAGGAAUCUGGCCAGUACAAGUCUAGCAUUGAUAUGCUGCAGAACGUACGUCAGCUGAUCACAAGCCUUAAAUCCCAUCUGCUUGAGAGCAAUGAGAUCUGGGAAAUUCUGGAACAUCAAGAGAUUGAUGAAUAUAAAUUAGCUUCCAUCAUCGAGGCUUCUCUAUACAAAUGUGUACUGAAGCCUACCCAAGAUGUGAUUUACUCUCAGCUUCUGGACUUUCACCGAUAUGACGGGUCAUUAAACAAGUUAUUAGAAAACCAGGAGAAGAUGAAGGGAAUGCGCAAUCAAAAACCUCGUUCUGGUGUUCCAGGCCCUGCUACUAUGGAGAAGAUCCAAAAUAAAUUUUCCCUUAUGCACGUGACUUACUCCCCAGAAAAGAUGAUCAGGCUCUUGUUAAAGGUUUGCAAAUUCAUAUAUGAAUCCAUGGAAGCCUCAAGUGGAAAGAAAGGAGCCUUUGGUGCUGAUGACUUCUUACCAGUAUUAAUACAUGUUUUGCUGAGUUGUGACCUGACCUCUCUGCAGCUUGAUGUGGAGUAUAUUAUGGAACUUGUGGAUCCUUCUCAACUUCAGGGAGAAGGUGGUUAUUAUCUGACUACGCUGUUUGGAGCCCUGUAUCACAUCAGCUCCUUUAAUACUGUGUCAAGGCAGCUCAGUGCAGAGGCACAACAUUCAAUACGUCAAUGGCAACGCAGACGGACAGUUCACUAUAAAAACACUUCUCAGAACCGCAUUAAAAACGUAAAAAAUGAAAAAUCUGAUGCACAAUGUACGCCAGAAAAAGGAACAGAAUAAUAGACGGGUGGUUUCUCAUCAACGCACAUUGAACUUUGGUGUCUUUUCAGGAGAAAAGACUAACGUGUGUGGGGUGCCAAACUCUAGACACUACAGUAAUGUAAAACAUGGAACUUUUGAAUCAUGCAAUAUAAUUGCUUUUAUCCUAGUGGAAUCUGUUUUAUGACAUUAAACACUUUAAGAAUGAGCAACUAAUAAACUGGUUUUAGAUUUUAAUAUGCAUCUUAUAGUUCUAGCAAGGGUUCAAAAGGAAAAUCUCAAGGUUUCUACAUAUUGUUUCAUCAUUAUGCACAGAAAUGUAUGUGAAAUGCUUCUAGAUUGUGCAUGGUACGUUGCAUUAGACGGGUGGUUCACCAGUAUGUUAAUUGUGAACUGGUUAUUUAUUAAAGCGUGUAAGCUAACACCACUGGUGUUGAUGCCCAUAGCAUCCAAGCAGCAACUGGAUUUGAAUGGUCACGUAUGUUUACAGGGUAACCCUUUUGAAAUAAAAAAUAACAAAAGUGGGAUAAAGGUGAUACCUUUAUUGGCUAACUAAGAUAAUCAUAGCAAGUUUUCAGAACAUUUUAGUUCCUUUUUCAAACUGAUUACACGUACAAAUUGGAAAACAGCUCAUUUGUUGCUAUGGUCAACAUCACCAGUUAUGUUGGCUUACACAACAUAAUAAAUAUGCUCCUUAGUAUGUUUUAGAAUUUCCUCUUCCUAGCAACUUUGCAAUUGGUCUUCAUUAUUUAUUUUUUUUUAUAGUUUUUAGUUUUUUCCUUCUUGUUCUACAUUUUUCCAGCUUUCCAGUGGGGAUCACUGGCCCCAGCAGCCAAAAACAAUUACUCUGUGAGGCUACAAUUUUCUUAUUGUUACUUUUUAUUCAUUAUCUUUCUAUUCAGUCCCUCUCCCAUUCAUAUUCUGAUCUCUGAUUUAAGCCCCUGCUUAGUUGCUAAGGUAAACAAGACCCUACCAACCAGCUGGUGAAAUUCCAAACUGGAGAGCUUCUAAACAAA